AGGGACCUCCUUGAGCAGCUCAAUCUCCAUGUCAACGAGCCAGAGCCUGUAAUCAUCUGUCGCGCGUGCCAAUUCGGUCUCCACGGCACUGUCAAGUCCAUCACCGACCAUGUGGUGGAGAAACACAAUCAUUCCCCUCAUGUAACAAAGCAGCUUCGAGAACUCCUCAAGCCAUACACGAUCCCCAGUCCAACGCAGCUUGCACUGCGGCCGGACCAGUCACCACCACACCCCCAUCUUGCUAUCCAUCUUGGAAAUGCGUGUAAACAUUGUGGAUACAGGACCACGAGCACCGAGCUCAUGGGUCGCCAUCUGUCCAGCAAGCACAAUGUGAAGCGCAAGGCGUCGACCUCACCGAGAUGUCGUGAAAAUAGAGGCCAGGCGUUGCUUGGGGAAUGGAAAGAGAUGGAAAAAAGGCACGAGGAGGAGAUGCAGAUGAUGGACGCAGCAGCUGCAAAGACUGAUAAAACAGGCUGGUUCACUCGCACGGGUUGGCUGCAACAUCUGGCGAAGCGUAACUUGGUGCAUCUUGCACAUGCAAUCAAGCUACCGACACGUAGUGAGCCGAAACUCAAACAAACAGCGCGGCUAGUUGAAUUGCUGGUCGAGCAGAGUGUUGCUGGGCUGUCGACGCUUGCCCGCGAGACGCGGCGUUGGUUGCGGAGCGCUAAGCGGGAGGAGAUCGAUCAACGACCGAUAGCACGGCUACAGAAUCCCGAAAGUCAGGCCCGAUACGCUGGAUAUUUGGUCAUGUUUGUGUGCUAUUUUCUGCGGAUC